UUUUCCAGCAAGCUUUUUCCUUUCUCAAUUUCCUUAGUUUCCCUUCCCUUAAGAACUAUUGCUCUUAAAAGUUUCUGCUUCAAAAAUGGCAUUUGAGCUUUUCUCGUAACCUCUGGGCUACCUAAUUAACUCCAUCUUAUUUUUCAACAGUAUUGUACAAGUAAGAGGUUGAUUGUCAUACAUAUUAGGAAUAAAAUCAUGCAAGUUCAUUGAAUUUUAAUCUAAAUUUUGUCUUUAAGGAGGAGGGAGAGAAUGCACACUCCUGUGUGCUGGUUUACUCUGCAAAUGCUUGCAAUAGCAGAAGUUGGGCUGAAACCGAGCUGGAAACCAUAAUCCAGGUUUCCCAUGUAGGUGGAAUCCAGUAACUUGAGCCAACACCACUGCCUCCCAAAAUGCACAUCAGCAGGAAGCUGGAGUCAGGAGCCAGAGCUCAGAAUGAAAUCCAGGUUCUCCCAGGGGACUGGCACUGUGGCACAGUGGGUAAAGCCCCAGCCUGCAGCACCAGAAUCCUAUAUGGGUGCCGGGUUCUGGUCCCGGUUGCUCCUCUUCUGAUCCAGCUCUCUGCUAUGGCCUGGGAAAGCAGUAGAAGAUGGCCCAAGCCCUUGGGUCCCUGCACCUACAUGGGAGACCUGGAAGAAGCUCCCGGCUCCUGGCUUCGGAUCAGCUCAGCUCUGGCCAUUGUGGUCAUUUGGGAAGAGAACCAGCGGAAUCGAAGACCUCUCUCUCUACCACCCUCCCUCCCUCUACCUUCCUCUCUACCUCUCUGUAACUGUCUUUCAAAUAAAUAAAAUUCUUUUUUUUUUAAAGAAUAAGAAACCCAGGUUCUCCGACGUGGGGUACAGUCAGCUCAACUACUAAACACCCAUUCCCAUUAACCUCCAAGUUUGAUGUGUGCCCAUUUGAUAUUGUCAGGGUGCAUUUUUGAUUAUGCAUUUACUGUCACAGUUCCCCAUCAAAGAUAAGAUUUUAAGACAGAAACCAUACCAUUCUUGUUGGGCAUUUUAGAGAGCUAAGGAAAGUGACAAAUAAUGAACUUGUGGAAUUUGCUGGUUAUAUGACAUUUGUUAUGCUUUAAUUCCUACAUUAAUCAUUGUAUUGAACUAAAAAGAUCUGUAAGUGCCAUGAGAAAGGUAAGCCGACUGGGAAAAUAUUGUAACCACAAAGUGGCAUGUGGCUCCCAGACAGCAGAACAGCUGUUGUUUUUUUUCUCUCCCCUCUUAUGUUCCUUUCCUUCAGGGGCUAGAAGACUAUCUGUUCUUUGGCUCACGAGGUCAUGUUCAGGACUUAUCUGUUGGGGUCCCACCUUCAUAAGUCACCAACAGCAUGGUCUCAUGUGGAUGGAUGCCACAGCCACCUCCCAGGUUCCAUGUCAGCACCCACUUCCCACUACUCCCCAGGCAUACACCUUUCCCCAUCAGGCAGCCCAGGCCAGAUGUAACCCGGAAGAGAUGGAACAACUGUGGGAACUGGGAGGAUGGGAAGAGACUGAAAAAUAGGCUCUUUUACCUAAUCCAAGGCUCCUUUCAAUAGUUGAAAGAAGUUUUACCCAGCGGAUUGUCAAGCCUGCUAUUUUUCCUUCCCUGUCUUCCUCCAUCUGCCCUCAAAGAUGUUUACCCAAGUGUCCAGCAGCAUGAAAUUCAACAUUAUCGUUAUCCUCUCCCCAAAUCAGAAAUGUUUUUGCCAGCAUCCCUUCUGUCUCCCGGCCAUCUUCUUUCCAUAUUUCUUUCCCAAAGCUUCAGAGACACAAAAAGUAGCCUAUCCUUUGAAGAAGGGCGGGCAUCUGCGGACUUUUUCUGGAGACUCUAGGAAUAGGACUAUCCUGAGGCUUCGUUGAAGAACGUUCAAAUGGGCCCCGGUUCCAUCUCUAACUGUACCCUGGCCCUGAGCUCAGAAUUGGAGAGCCUCAGCCAGCCUGGGCCCCAAUCCAAUAACCCCUCACCCUAAAGCUACCAGUUUAAAGGGAGGUACCUGAUGCUCAGUAAGACAACGGAAGUUGCACAAUGAUUUUUAAUGUAACAGGGAGGGGAAGCAGCUGAAAUUGACUAAGAGGUACUAAGGUCCAGGCAUAGAGUGAAACAUGACUUGAGUGGAUGUUUUCAACCACACACAAUAGAUAUUAUCUCUUGUGGAGAUGUACAGAAACAAAAUAGUUGUCUAUGCAUUGAAUAAUUUGAUUUUAAGGCUGGAACUUUAAUGAGGCAUAGCAGGUUAACCCACCACCUGCAGGGCCAGCAUCCUAUAUGGCUGGUGGUUUGAGUCCUGGCUGCUUCACUUUCAAUCCAGCUCCCUGCUAAUGCACCUGGGAAAGCAGUGGAGGAUGCUGACCUGGCAUGCUGACCUGGCCCGCAAUACUGGAGUGGAACACCGGGGACACCGUAGAGAGAGACCGUGAAGUGUCCUCCAAGGAUGGUCUGGGAACUCCAUAGUGCAGCCUGAUUUAUGACCGGGACUUGUGUAGAUUCAUUGACUGUUGCAAAUCAACAAAGUUUUUCAGCAAUUCUGGACCUUCACAGCCUGUUGCUUUAAAAAAUGCUUACCUCGGUUUCUAUUAACUUCAUCUAAGGCACACAUUAGGCAUGAAUUAAAUUCUCAUUUUUCUUCGUGUAUUUACUUCCUUUUGUAUUUAUCAUUGUUUGUAGCUUGCUUUCUAUAUCAUUUAUUUUGUUAACUUGUGGUUAGCUAAUCUACUUAACCAUCCGUUUUUUGAAUUGUUUUUCAUCAAGACUGUAUAAUAGACCCCAAUUUUUUUUUGUAUAUUUUGUCAUUCUAUCUCAUAAUGAGUGUACCUUUCAUUACUUUAAACAUUGUGUAUUUUGUUUAUCUUUGUGGAAAAAGUUCAUAAUUUAUCACUUUGUGGGCUCUGUGUUUCAUACUGCCUAUUUAUUUGUACAGCUUAUGUAGUUUUACUGUGGGAUGUACAUUUUUCCUGAACUUUGUCAUUUGUGUUACUUAGUGGCCUAGAAAAACUGACAGGAAUUUUGUUUACUUCUGCAGAUAGCUUGGGGAUACUACCAUAUAACUCUUAAAAAAUUUAAACGAGCAUAUAUUUUAAUACAUAGUUGAAUGCAGAGAUCUUUGCAAACAGUUCUGAUUGAACGUCUAACUUUCUCAAGCAGUGCAAUGGCUUCCCAUCCAUGUCAUCAACUUUAGAGUGACAUAGUGUUCAUCAUUCAGCCCUAGUCUGAAAAUUCACCUUCCUCCCACCUCAGUCUCCUACAUGCAGCUCUAUAGUUGAAAUGUGCCAAACUCAGACUACCUUUAGUUACCUCUAUAAACUACCUCUAUAAACUCCAUCUGUGAGUGUUAACUGGAUAAUGCAUUUGAAAUGUUCCACAUAGUCUGGGCAUGUAUCUUAAAAAAUGGCAGUUACUCCCUCUCCAAUGCCAGCUAUCCUCUUACUGGGCAAGUUGUCCCUUGCACCUGCUUCUCUUGACUUUCUAUAAUUACCUUCACUAUUUUCCAUCACUGUCCUUAACUAACCUGAGCACAGAAACCAGCUACUGUGCAUUUCCUCAUUCUAUGCCUCAUACAGAGUAGAUGUUUAACACACAUUAUUUCUUAGAACCUGAAUUAAACUUCAUCUACUGGGUUUCCACUAAUGGAACCAAACUCCUUACUCAAAAUUAAGAAGUGGAGUGCAGCACUACUGACCACCUUCCCUUUAAAGUCUGUCACAGAAAGCUUUGCCAACAUGAUCCAUGGCUUGAAAGUGGGACACUUGACAGAUCCUGUUAUUCGAAGGAGCAAGAGGAUGAUUCUGGAUACUCUGGGCGUGGGGUUCCUGGGAACCAAUACAGAAGUGUUUCACAUUGCCAGCCAAUACAGUAAAAUCUACACUUCCAGUGUAUCCAGCACUGUUUGGGGUCAGCCAGACAUCAAGCUCCCACCUACAUAUGCUGCUUUUGUUAAUGGAGUGGCUAUCCACUCAAUGGACUUUGACGAUACAUGGCACCCUGCCACACACCCUUCUGGGGCUGUCCUUCCUGUCAUCACAGCUUUAUCAGAAGCCCUGCCUCAGAGUCCAAAGUUUUCUGGCCUUGAUUUGCUGCUGGCUUUCAACAUUGGAAUUGAAGUCCAAGGCCAGUUAAUGCAUUUCUCCAAGGAAGCUAAUAACAUACCAAAGAGAUUCCAUCCCCCUUCGGUGGUAGGAGCUUUGGGUAGUGCUGCUGCUGCAUCCAAGCUUCUAGGGCUCAGCCUGACCAAGUGCCAAGAGGCUCUGGCUAUUGCCGUUUCUCAUGCCGGGGCACCCAUGGCAAAUGCUGCCACCCAGACCAAGCCCCUUCAUGUUGGCAAUGCUGCCAGGUUUGGGGUAGAAGCUGCUUUUCUGGCAAUGCUGGGUCUCCAAGCAAACAAGCAGAUCCUGGACCUGAAGGUUGGAUUUGGGGCCUUCUAUGACAAUUAUUCCCCCAAAGUCCUUCCAAACCUGGCUACCUACACUUGGCUGCUGGACCAGCAGGAUGUUGCUGUCAAGCGAUUUCCUGCCCAUCUGGCUACCCACUGGGUAGCUGAGGCAGCCGAGUCUGUGCGAAAGCGCCUUGUAACAGACAGAGGCCUGCUUCCCAUUGACCACAUCCAGAGAAUAGUGCUCAGGAUUCCAGAUGUCCCAUAUGUCAACAGGCCCUUCCCAGACUCAGAGCACGAAGCUCGUCAUUCCUUCCAGUAUGUGGCCUGUGCCAUGCUGCUUGAUGGUGAUGUCACGGUCCCAUCAUUCCACCAUUCCCAGAUCAACAGGCCACAGGUGAGAGAGCUGCUCAAGAAAGUAGAGCUGGAACACCCCUUGGACAACCUGCCAAGCUUCAACACGCUGUACUGUGAGGUGAGCGUCACCCUCAAGGGUGGAGUCACCUUCACCGAGCGCUGCGAUACCUUCUAUGGUCACUGGAGGAAGCCACUGAGCCAGGAGGAUCUACAGAAAAAGUUCAGAGCCAACACUUCCAGGACAUUGCCCAAUGACACAGCAGAAAGUAUUGUGAAGGUAGUAGAGAAGCUGGAAGACCUAGAGGACUGCUCUGUGUUGACCUCACUUCUGAAAGGAUCUUCUCCUCAGAGGCCUCUUCAGAACUAUUCAGCCUAUGAUCAUUCCAUCCGCAGUCUCUGAGGCGUAUCAACCUCUAAGUGAUUUGGCAUUUGGAGGGGAGUCAGUGACUUGCCAUAUAGAAAGGAUGUGCUGCUUGGUCUGCCCAGGAAUAUCUGUUACAAAAUACAAAGACUCCAGAAAGAAUUACCUGAAAGGAAUCUUGUCCAUUAAAUUCUGCAGGAUAGUUCAAAUUGGCCAAAAUCAAGAAAAUAAAUAUCCAAGAAACACAAAAAGGUCGAUUUGAGAAGUAUUCUUAAGGGUGAAAUGAGUCACCUGUGACUUGCUUGUAAAAUUAAUCUUUUCAGAGGAAUUCUUUAUGAACUUCAUGAACCUCAAGGCUAGAGAAGGUACACUUUGUAUUUGCUGUCAAUGAAGAAGAGUUCAGGUCUAUCAUGAUCAACAGAUUGCUGAGACUGUGGUUCUUAUCAACCACUCCAUAGUGUAUGGACAUGCUUGCCUCUGCAGACUGUAUGCUCUAGUUAAAAAAAAGAUUAUCUGAACUUUGUUCAUGUUUAUUAGCUUUAUUCCUGUCUAGUUUACAUAUCAUUAAAUCAUCCAUUUCAAGUA